AUGCGGAGCAAGGAGCAGAUCGAGAUUUGCUUGCAGUCCGCUCAGGAAGACUUCAUCCCCCAAGAGGACAUCGAUGCCGCGGUGCAGGUCUUGCACGAGAUCGUGGAGAUGGAGAUCCGGAGUGCCGCCGAGCACAACCUCCAGACGGCCUGCUCUCACGCGGAGCCAGAGGAGAUCCGUCGUGCCAUGCUGCAUGCAAAGGAGGUGGGCGUGGCAGAAGAUGUGAUAGCCGCCGCGGACGAGUGCCUGAAGAAGAUCUUGGCGGAGCUCGCGCGAAGGGAGAACGCCAAAAUGAGGCUGCGCGAGCUGGUGAAGUCCGAGGGCGACAGCCUCAGCGCUCGCCUCGCGGAGCUGGAGGCGGCGCUGCAGCUGGCGCAAUCUUGCGGUGUCCCACAUGCAGACAUCCAGGAAGCGGAAGAGCUGCUGGAGGUCUUGCGAGGCGCGCGGCGCCGGGAGAUGGCCAAGGAGGCGGUGGCGGCGGCCCUGGCGGCGCAGGAGCUCCAGGCUGCGAAGCAGGCCUACACGGCAGCCAAGCAGGCUGGCGUCCCUGAAACAGAGUUGGUCUCCUUCCAGCAGCAGCUGCGGGACCUGGCGGAUGCCCUGGAGCUGGCCAACGACAAGGAGAAGCUUCUGGAGCGGCGUGUGGCUGGCGCCAUGGCCGCCAAGCGCCAGGCGGAGCAGAUGGAGUCCUCGGCGGAGGUGGAGAAGAUGAUGGGCGAAGGCGGUGUGAUUCUGGUGCUCAAGGAUGCCAUCCAAGAAGCCAAGACCACGCGGCUGGUGAAGAAGGCGGCGAUCGCGAAGGCCGAGGCUGUACUGCCAGAGAUCGUCGCUGACCUCAAGCGUAUGAUCGAGGACAAGAAGAUUCAGGAGAAACGUCUCGCCGAGGAGAGUCUUCGGGCGGACGUGGAGCUUGUCCGAGAAGCAGGGAUGCUCAACGCCGCCGUGCUGGACGGGCUCCGGACCUCCAUCGCCGAGGCGCAGCGCUUCAACGCUGACGUUCGAGACGCAGAACAGCUGCUCACACAGCUGAGCAAUCAGCUGGAGAAAAAGACCGCCGAGACGAAGGAGCUCUUGGACGAGGCCUUUCAGCAGAAAGACCCUCCGCGGCUUCGGCAAGGCCUAGCAGCUUGCCAGCAGCUCCUGCUGGAUCAGGAGCACACCGAUUCGGUGAUCAGGCUUCGCUCUUUGACAGAAGAGGACAUCCUGCUGGCCAGGAGCGAGCACGACCGGGAAGCGCGCCUGGCCAUGGUGGCCAAGCUGGAGCAGUACGUGAACAUCCUCCGCGAGAACGGGGACAAGCAGCUCCGCGGCUUCCACAACGACUUGCAAGACCUGAAGGGAGCUCUAAGGGUCUUCUGCCGAGUACGGCCCCUGAACGGUCGCGAGAAGAAGAAGGAGGACACCAUCGCCGUGGAGGUGGUUGACCCCUUCACGGUGUCCGUGACUAGAGAUGACCACGACGCGCAGGAGUUCGCCUACGACGCCAUCUUCGGGCCGAACAGUACCCAGGCGGAGGUCUUUGCGGAGUGCAAGGGGAUGGUUCAGAGCAUGGUGGACGGCUACAACGUCACGGUCUUCACGUACGGGCAGACCGGAGCCGGAAAAACCUGGACGCUGUACGGCUCCGGCUCCGAGCCUGGCCUCUCGCCGCGGCUCUGCGAGGAGAUCUUUCGCGUGACUCACAGAGACCGGGAGAAGUUCGACUUCGCCAUCCGAGCCUCCAUGGUGGAGCUUUACCUGGCCGAUUUGAGAGACUUGCUCUCCAAGAACAAGGAGCCUCCGAAGCUGGACUUCAAGCCCUACCGCCAGGCGGACGGCAGCAUCGGCCAGCGCCUGGAGGGCGUCACGGAGCUCGCCGUGGCCAACUCCGAGGACCUGGCGAAGGUGGUGGCCAUGGGCCUCGACAACCGCAAGGUCCGCUCAACCAAGAUGAACGCCUCAAGCUCCAGGUCGCACCUCAUGCUCAUCAUCAGCAUGGAUGUGACUGACAAGGAGACCCGCAGGCAGAGGUUUGGGAAGAUCUCCAUCGUGGACCUGGCAGGAUGCGAGCGCUUGGACAAGAGUGGCGUUACAGGAGAG